AUGGAUUACGCAGAAGAAAAUGCAAUAGGUUUGGAGGACAUCAAUUUAUUAGAAGAACAUGGUGAUAGUGGAACUAUCUUGGACGAGGAAGGUAUUGAUAAGGAAGCCAAUGAACAACAGGCUGUUGAUGUCAUUUCUCCGUGUGUUGGGAUGUAUUUUGACAGUGUUGAUGACGUGAAGAAAUUUUACAAAGAAUACGGUAUUAGAAGUGGUUUCGGGACAAGAAUCAGAACUUCGAGAAAAGACAAUGACAAUCAACUAUGUUACUUCAAAUUAGUGUGUUCGCGGGAGGGAAAAUGUGUCUCGUCCAUACCACCUGAAAUGAAGACACUGCCCACACAAAGAAAACAAUGUCCUGCGCGCAUUACUGUCGUUAGAAGAGAAGAUAAGUGGAUGAUUAGCAGUGUGGUCCACGAACACAAUCAUGACGUAAGUCCAUCGAAGUCUAGACUAAUUCGUGGGAAUAGGAAGUUGAAUAUGCAAGCCAAAAGAACCCUUGACAUUAAUGACGAAGCGGGUGUGCGUAUUCACAAGAGCUUUCGUUCAUUGGUGUGUGAUGCAGGGGGGUUUGAGAACUUGGAUUUUGUCGAAAGAGACGCAAGAAACUAUAUUGGUCAGCAACGUCGCGCAUUAGGGAAGGAAGGUGACGGACAAGCUUUAUUAAAUCAUUUUUCCAGUAUGAGGGAGUUGAACAAAGACUUCUUUUUUGAAAUUGAUGUUGAUGCAGAUAAUCGCAUAAGCAAUAUAUUUUGGGCAGACGGAAAGAGUCGGGCUGCAUGUGUAGAUUUUGGUGACAUUGUGUCCUUCGACACCACAUACUUAACUAAUAAGUACGAUAUGCCUUUUGCACCAUUCGUGGGUGUUAAUCACCAUGGUCAGUCAAUCUUAUUAGGGUGUGGGCUUUUAUGUGCUGAAGAUACUGGUACGUUUGUGUGGCUAUUUCGAAGUUGGUUGCGAUGCAUGGGAAAUAAAGCCGCUGAAGGAAUUGUCACUGAUCAAUGCAGGGCGAUGCAAAAUGCCAUUGAAAUUGUCUUCCCCAACACCCGACAUCGUUGGUGCCUUUGGCACAUCAUGAAAAAACUACCAGAAAAAUUAGUGGGAUAUAGCCAAUACAAGGAAAUCAAGCAUGGUGUAAAAGAAUUGGUAUAUGAGUCAGAUAGUGCUGAAGAUUUUGAGAAUGGGUGGGCAAAGUUCAUUGAAAAGUAUGAUCUUCAACUUAAUGAAUGGCUUUACACUCUUUACGAAGAAAGACGUCGAUGGGUUCCUUGUUAUUUGAAAUGUCAUUUUUGGGUAGGCAUGUCCACAACUCAGAGAAGUGAGGGAAUGAAUGCUUUCUUCGAUGGGUUCAUCAACUCUACUACAACACUCCAACAGUUUGUUGUCCAAUAUGACAAUGCCCUUCGUUCUAAGGCGGAGAAAGAGUGUGAAGCAGAUUUUGCUUCUACUAAUACUACCCUUUCAUGUGGGUCUCAGUCAUUUAUUGAGAGACAAUUUCAAGAUGAAUACACUCAUGCGAAGUUUAGUGAAGUGCAAAAUGAGCUUAGGUGUAAGAUGAAUUGUAAUAUCAAAAGUGUUGAAGUUCAUGGUUGUAAAGCAAAAUAUAUUGUUAAAGAGGCGUUGAUAUGGAAAGACCAAAGUGCAGACAAAUUUAAUGAAGUUAUAUUUGAUGUUGAGACAAAAGACAUUGAAUGCACUUGCCGCCUUUUUGAGUUUAGAGGAGUUAUUUGCCGCCACAGCUUGAUGGUCCUUGCCCAAGAGGAGGUAAAACUGGUUUCACAAAAGUAUAUUUUAAGUCAAUGGAGCAAACGCAUAUUGCGAAGGCAUACUUUGAUAAGAGCAUCAUAUUACACUAAGAAAGAUGAACCCACUGUUCAUAGGUAUGACUUAUUGUGUAAAAAGUUCUAUGACAUUGCUGAGUUUGCAUGCCAAAGCGAGAGGGGUACAGAAUUCUUGUGUUCCCAAUUAGACUUAUUAUCAAGGAAUCCUUUGUUAUCUUGUUCCACAAUAUUAGGAAACUGUGAACAAACAAAUGUGCAAAUUUCUUCUCCAAUAAAUAGUGGUCCUCACCAAACAACAAUCCGAAGUCCAAUUCAUGUUAAAAGAAAGGGUCGACCACGAGGUACAAGGAUGCAAUCAACGGUAGAGAAGAUAUGGAAAAAAAAGAAAAAUGCAGCAGCUAGGAAUAAAGCUUCUCGUAAUGCCACUGAUGGGGAACUACAUACUUCAAUUGCACCAGCUAAUGAAAUUUUGAAUGCUCAAAGUGGUUCCACAACCAACAUGGAACUAGUAUUAUCAAAAACGAAAUUUUUUGGAUCAAUUGAGAUGAUCAACAUGGCAUUACCAAACACCUUUUGUUAUUAG